GUCUUUCUUUCUUUCUUCACUUUUUGCCCCUCCACGGUCGCAUUGCCUCCCACGCUCAUUGUCUUUGCUUUUCCUGCUACUCUUCAGCCGUUGCUUACAAGGAUCUCCAUCGAGUCCUGCUACUUUGAUUCUUUUGCACCCUUUCUGCAUCGCACUGUGCAAUUCCACCCCUGAAAUUUACCCCACCAUGGCCCCUCCAAAGGUCUUCUCUAUCGAGGGCAAAGGCCUCAAGCUCGAUUCCGCUGAGGAUAUCGAGUCUCACAUCAAGCCUCUUCUCGAAGCCACCGAUUACACUGAGAUCCGCUUCGGAGGAAACACUCUGGGUGUUCCUGCUUGCGAGCGUCUCGCCGCUGUGCUUUCUACGCAAAAGAGCCUCGAAGUGGCUGAACUUGCCGACAUCUUCACCUCUCGUCUGCUGAGCGAAAUCCCCGACGCUCUGACCUUCCUCCUUAAUGCCCUUCUCGAAAUCACCACCCUCCACACCGUCAACCUCUCCGAUAAUGCCUUCGGCGCCAACACCCAGAAGCCCCUCGUCGACUUCCUUGCUCGCCACACCCCGCUCCGCCACCUGAUCCUCAACAACAACGGCAUGGGCCCCGAGGCUGGUUCGAACAUCGCGAAGGCGCUUACUGAGCUGGCUCAGCGCAAGGAGGAGGCCCGUAAGGAGGGCAAGGAGGUGCCUCUUCUCGAGAGCAUCGUCUGCGGUCGCAAUCGCUUGGAGAACGGCAGUAUGGCGGCUUGGGCACGUGCCUACGAGGUGCACGCUGCCGGCAUGCGCUCCGUCAAGAUGACACAGAACGGUAUCCGUCAGGAGGGUAUCUCGAUGCUGUUGAAGGAUGGUCUUCGCCACUGCUCUGCUCUAGAGGUUCUCGACUUGCAGGACAACACUUUCACCAUCAUGGGCUCCACCGCUCUUGCUGGUGUGGUGUCCAGCUGGCCCUCUCUCCGCGAGCUCGGUGUCAGUGACUGCUUGCUGUCCGGCCGUGGUGGCGUCAAGGUCGCCCAGGCUCUGGCUGAGGCCAAGAACCAGAAGGUCCAGACGCUGCGUCUUCAGUACAACGAGAUCACCGCCGAGGGUGUCAAGCAGUUCCUGCACGCCACCAAGACUGCCCUUCCUGCCCUGCGUCGUAUUGAGCUGAACGGCAACAUCUUCAACGAGGAUGACAACAACGUGACGGAACUGCGCGAGAUCCUGGAGGCCCGUCAGGAGGAGCACGGCCAGGACGAUGACCCGGAGGACAUGUGGGGUGUCGACGAGCUGGACGAACUUGAGGAGGAGGAGAGCGAGGAAGAGGAGGAAGAAGAGGAGGAGGAAGAGGAAGAGAAGGCCGAGAAGCUUGUCAAGGACGACGAGGCGGCCGAGAACGAAAAGGUUUCCCAGAAGAAGGACGACGAUGUCGACAAGCUUGCCGACGUGUUGGGCAAGACCGGUCUGUAGACGCGUCGGGGCUUUUUGGUCACAUUUUUACCUCGCCCAUCCCCUAUUCCCAUUUUGUCGCCUCGGUGCAACGGCAGUGACUUCUCGCGUGGCAAGAGCUGGAUGCAUGGUCGUCUAAACGUGUCAGGCCCAGACUGACCGCGUCCGGUCUGCAUGUGGCCGGCAGGAGAAGUUUGGAGACGAGAUUCCUAAUCCAGCCAGAGCACGCGCCUGGUGAAACUGGCUGUUAUCUGCCGGGAGGUGUCCUCGCCCCUUGGAUAGAAGCAGUGCUUUGCUUUGAGCUUUGAUGUUGCCCUAUCAGCGAUAUGCGUUGAGGGUUAGACGUAGACACGAGCCUUGCCCUUUGCUGAUCACAACAUGUUACUGCCCGUGAUGUAUAUAACGUUUAAACGAAUGAUGUGC